AUGGGGAGGGUGAAGCUCAAGAUAAAGAAGCUGGAGAACACCAGCGGGCGGCAGGUGACAUAUUCUAAGCGGCGGUCAGGGAUUCUCAAGAAGGCCAAAGAGUUGUCCAUUCUAUGUGAUAUCGAUCUCAUUCUUCUCAUGUUUUCUCCUAGUGGAAGGCCUACCAUAUGCGUCGGCGACAAAAGCCCCAUAGACGAAGUCAUUGCAAAGUAUGCACAACAAACUCCUCAGGAAAGGGCUAAAAGGAAGCUGGAGAGCUUAGAAGCACUAAAGAAGACAUUCAAGAAGCUAGACCAUGAUGUCAACAUUCAGGACUUCUUAGGCUCCGGGGGUCAGACGGUCGAGGAAUUAUCUAGUCAUCUUGGCGCAUUGCAAUGUCAAAUGGCAGAUGUUCAAAAGCGUCUCAGUUAUUGGAGCGAUCCGGAGAAGGUUGAGAAUAUAGACCAUAUAAGAGCAAUGGAGCAAUCUCUCAAAGAAUCUCUUAAUCGCAUCGGCAUUCAUAAGGAGAACUUUGCAAAGCAGCAUCUGAUGGGCCUACAGUGCCCUGCUGCUCAGUUCCAGAACGAGAUGCAGCUACCUCUGGGGUUAACCGGUGAUCCGAACCCUUCGUCGUGGUUCCACAACGGGGGCAGCAGCGAUGGACAGCCGCCCAUGAUGUUACCUGAAGACCCCAGCUUGCUCCAGCAGAGGGACAUCGGGUGCUCGACGAGCACGUCACUGCAGAGCUACCCGGGCUACUUCAGCAUGAGCAAGCAGUCGACGGACACCGCCGCGGGCGAGCAGCAGCACCAGCAGGCGGCGGCGGUACGUCAGCACCAGCACCAGCACCAGCAGCCGGAGUUCAGCCAGGGCGACUGCCUGACGUCACUGCAUCUCGGCGCGCAGUUCCCGUACCAGUCCGCCUUCGACCACGCCAGCCUCCUCAACGACAGGCUCUUCAGGCCGGACAUGGAGCUGCACGUCGACAACGCGGCGGCCUCAGCCAUGGACUUCGUCGGCGGCCACUACGAAAUGCCGAGGCCUGGCGACGAGGCCAGCUUCCAGAACUGGGCAUCGGCGGCAUGCGGCGCCACCAUGUACGAUCACCAGCAGCAGCCGCCAUCUGCCCAACUUAUUGUUCAGAACAUUACUGAAUCCCUGACCGUCAGCUCCCUGCAGCAGCAACUCUGA